AUGGAAUUCCUCAGCCAAUCGAUUACUACCUUGCGGCGGACGGUGAGGAUGCAUCUGCCGGAAGCGUCCAUGAGAACGAGCUCGCCCGAGUCGCCGGCGUCGGGGCCGUACGAGUCGACUCGGAAGACGAGUUCGCCUCUCGAGUCGUGGGCGGUGAAGCCAUCGCCGGCGAAGAAGAGCGAGGUCUUGAAGACGGUGAGCCAGACAACAGAACAGAGUACCAACCUUGUGGAAGAAUUAAAGAUAGGUCCGAUUUAUGGCACAGUAUUAGACGACGAGCCUUCGAUUUUCUUGCUGUCCACAUACUUUCCUGCAAGGGAAUCGAACAGCAUACCAGCCCCAACACCAACUGCCAGGUCAAUUGUGUAG